AUAGUCAACAUUGUAAAUAGUUAGUUAUUAAGAAUUAUAUUAAAUCUGGCAACAGUGCAUUGAUAUGAUACCUAGAAAUAUGUUUGUUAUAAUUCAUUCAAUGUAGAGACAUAAACGAGAAAGCAACAAUAAAUAUAAAAACUGCCUAAUCUGUCAUAUGUUAAAAAACCUGAAGAAAUAUCGCUCGACGACAACGUUACAUGGUGUCAGGUGUAAAACACGAUAAAUUCAUAUAUAUUCAAGAAGUUAUUCAUUUUGAAAAUGGAGGGUUUGAGAACUCCAACUACAAUGGAUUUUUCUGGAAACAUUUCAAAGAAUUGGUCCACGUGGAUACAAAAAUUUAACCUGUACAUGAAAGCAUCAGGAAAAGACAAAGAAGAGGAUGAAAGUGUAAAAAUAGCUAUACUUUUGCAUUUAAUUGGCGACGAGGGUAUUGAAGUCUAUAAUACAUUCAAGCUAAAAAGUUCAGCGAAAUUAACAGAUGUUAUAGACAAAUUCAAGAAAUAUUGUGAACCUAAAAAAAAUUUGAUUUACGAGAGAUACAAAUUCUUAAGCUGGAAUCAAAAAGAGAGACAAUCCUUAACGCAAUAUAUAUUAGAAUUGAAAACCAGGGUAGCAACGUGCGAAUAUGAAAAGGACAUGGAAAUGGUGAGAGACAAGCUGAUAAUGGGUAUGUGUGACAACCAUCUUCGGGAAAAAUUGCUACAAAUUGAAGAUUUGACCAUGGCAAAAGCAGAAGAAAUUUGCCAAAUUUUCGAGACCAGUCGCAAGCAGACAACGGAAAUGGGCAGUAAAGGAAUGGAAACGGCAAUGGAUGCAAUCCAGGAGUAUUCACGGAAGAAUCGAGGAAACUUUAAGCGGAAUAAGAUAAGUAGCUCAAAUUUCAAUAAAAAGAAUAAGGUCCAUUUCACUUGUAAAAGAUGCAAUUUGAAUCAUGAAAAAAAUAAAUGUCCAGCAUAUGGUAAACUAUGUAGUUUUUGCAAAAAAAUUAAUCACUUUGAAAUUUGUUGUAUGAAAAAGAAGUUCCUUAAAUUCAAAAAAAAGAGAGGUUAAUGAAAUAAAUGAAGAAUUUAUAGAUUCCGAUUCUAGUGAUAAUUUUUCGCUUGAAACUGUAAAUAUAAUAGAUACAGAAAAUGAAAUAGUUGAAAAAAAUAUUUCUGAAUUAAAUAUUAUGAAAGAAAUAACUGAAAAUGUUAAGAUUAAUGAUGAAAUUGUGUGUUUUAAGGUCGACACUGGAGCUCAAUGUAAUAUUCUGCCUGCCAACGUUUUUCAAAGUGUGAUAAAGAACAAGAAAAAUGGUUCAGGUCAAAUCAACAAAAAUCAGAAGCUGGAUGUCAAAGGAUCCAUACAGAUUAACUGUAAUAUUCGGAAUAAGGUAUACAAUUUGAAAUUUUUAAUUGUUGAAGAGCAGGGUAAACCAAUUUUAGGUUUAGAAAGUAGCAUGAAAUGCAAUUUAAUUAAAGUUGUUGAAUCAGUUGAGGUCGGGUUUUCUGAGCAAUUAAACGCAAUUUUCACAAAAUAUAAGUCUGUUUUCGAGGGCAUUGGAACAUUCCCAGGAAAACCACAUAGGUUAGUCUUGAAUCACAAUAGCGUACCUAUUGCACAUGCCGCUCGCAGAAUCCCUAAGAGUCUCUUUCCAGAAUUUGUAAAAUCUCUAGAAAAUCUGGAGAAAUAUGGUGUAAUAGCUAAGCAAUCAGGGCCCACUGAUUGGGUUAAUAAUAUCGUCGGUACAGAAAAAAAUAAAAAGAUACGAAUUUGUUUGGAUCCAUCAGACCUUAAUAAAUGCUUGAAACGUGAACAAUUUCAAAUCCCAUCUCCUGAAGAAAUACUUGGUGACCUA